CUCUCAUCCGCUCCAGCAGACGGCAGCAGACAAACACAGUGGCACUGAAUGACAGAAGAAGAACUCUGAAGAUCAUGCGGGAGAAACAUGGCGUCCUGCAGCAGGUUGCCCUUGCAUCCUUUCCUCUUCAGUGCGUCGGUACGCCUCGCCUGUAACAGAAAUGUCCAGGUUGAGGCUUCCACAGCAAAGAGUCUAUAUCCACCCAUUCUGCCCUCCCGCACCGCGAAGAGUAAGGCGGCGAAGCGGCGCGUGGUCACGGAGGUCUUCGAGCAGCUGCGCUCCUGCACGGCGCAGGAGAAGAUCCGAGCGCUCACUCGCGUUCAGCGCAAGAAGUAUGUGAUUUACCCACGCACAUUUGCUCUCAACGCGGACAAGUGGUAUCAGUACUAUACCAAAACGGCGUUUCUCAACAGACUGCCCGAGAAGUACGAGUCUGCGCCGGUGGUGGAUGAGUCUGUGCUGUCUGAGGUGCGAUCUGUAGUCUGCAACUCCAUCUUACAAGAACACUGGCACGCGAAGAAAGGGAGGACUUUCAUCCAGAAAGAGCAAGAGCAACUUGUCACUCCGUUUCUAAGGAACGCGUUGUGUGGUCUGAAAAACCUUCUGGCCAAAGAAAACCCCGUGCUGAGUCUGUCAAGUUUAGCUUUUGACCCUCAAGUCAACUAUUACUGGUUACGGGGAGAAAGGACUAUUCCAGAGGGCCACAGGAGAGGACGGAUCGAGCCCAUGAGAUUCCAGAUUGAUGACAAACCUCACAGUCAGAUCAGGAUCCCACAGCAACUUCCUGAGUUUGUUCCUCUUGAGGCAGAAAUCUCUGCUGAAGUUCCCGUUAUCACGUUGGCUCCCGACCUGCUCCCCUUGUUCAAGAGACAGUAUGACAACAACAUCUUCAUAGCUUUAUUUUGA